ACGGCGUGAUGGGAUGGGAGUGGUGGGGGGGUAGUCGCAGGGGCCAUGCUGGGCGAGGGUAGGAGCCCCUCCUCCACCUGGUCAUCCCAAACCGCUACCCCCCAGCCCAUGCCAUGCCCCCCUGGCACUCUGAGCCCCUUCUCACUCACGCUCAUGCCACCCCAAGCACCCAGACCUGCAGCUCCUGGGCAUGGGGACCGGAGUGCCUGGCUCACCACCCGGGGUGCAGCUGGUAGGGCCUGUGGGGACGGGGCAUCUCCAUGGAGAUGGUGGGACCCCCGGGCAUCACUUCCCCCGGUGGGUUGAGGACGGGGCCAGAGAUGAGCCCCCACCAGAGGUGCAGCCCAGCCUGGGACUCCUCGCCAGGCUGAGUGGGGUGGCACGGACCCUGCUCUGGGGUGACCAGACAGCAAAUGUGAAAAUUCGGGACAGGGGUGGGGGGUAAUAGGAGCCUAUAUAAGAAAAAGACCCAAAAUCAGGACUGUCUCUAUAAAAUCAAGACAUCUGGUCACCCUACCCUGCGCUGCCCCACCUCCUGCCUGGGGGUAUACAGCCUGGGGACCACAGGGGACAGCACCACCCCCUUCUGGGCGUAACAGAGUCAGCACGUUAGUAAUGACCCAACACUUCUCUAGUGCCUCUCCCUACGGAUACCCCCAGCAUGCUAUGCAGCCACCUCUGGGGUGGGGCGUGGGGCUGUUUAUACAGGGAUCCGUUGGCUGGUGCUGAGAUGCAGCCACCUCUGGGGGAGGUAGGAUGCAUAAAUACAGUCAUCCAGCAACUGUGAUGAAGUGGGGGAGUUUCUUGUUUUUCCUUGUUGCCUAGGUGGAAUUUUCUUGGUUUUCCUAUAGUUUGCAUGCAGAGGGGGUGGGACUCAGUUUCCCUAGGUGCUACAGGUUUAACAAGGUGAUGGGAGAGGGAGUUUGUUGUUAGAGGACCGGCGAGGGAACUUGGGACCCCAACCACUAGCCUGGAGAAUGGAUACCCCAGCGACCGGUGACCUGGUGACCCGGAGGCCCAGCUCAGCAGUUGCAGCUGGUUCUGGCCAGUGAGAGGACAAUGGGCUGUGGAGAGAGGACCCCGGUGUCCUGACCAGCCGGUUCUGGCCCGUGGGAGAACAAUAGGCUGUGGAGAGAGGAGAGGAGGCUCAGGCGACCCUGUUCACCUGGAGAGAAGACAAAGGACAGAGGCCAGGGUUGGGGCUGGUGAUAGCAGAUGCCCAGCUGGGAAGCAGGGGGGCUCAGGGCUGGAGGCAGGGAGUAGGCAGAGCUCACCUGGAUGCAGGGGAGACUUGGAUGUGCUGUGCUGAGGGAGGCCAGGACUGAGGCCCUGGGAGUUUCCUGUGCUGGGUUCAGAUGUUCAAUAAACCCUCCUGUGUUAUGCUGGCUGAGAGUCUCUCCAGUCUAGAGAACAGAGGGGCAUCAUCCCCUUCGGGGGGUGGAGGCCCCAGGGGUCCAGAGCAAGUGGACUCCCUGAGGGGGCCCACGGUGAGAGACAGGCGUGCUAAGGCUCAGAGAGGUGCGGCUCCAGGAGGCGGAGGGGCUUAACCCCUGAGGGAGAGUGGACCCCCGAGAAGGGCUGUUGCACUGAAAGGGGCACCCCCUAUGGACCGCACAGGGCCAAGAGUGGGCACGACCUGUGAGUCCGUGACAGUAGGGCCUGUGGGGAUGGGUCAUCUCCAUGGAGACAGUGGGACCCCAGGCAUCACUUCCCCACAGUGGGUUGAGGGUGAGGCCAGAGCUGAGCAUCCGUCACAGGUGCAGCCCAGGACUCAGCGCUGCCCCUCACCGGGCUGAGCGGGGGGCACGGACCCUGUGCUGCCCCCGCCCCCCACCUUGGGACCACCAGGGGACAGCACCGCUCCCUUCUGGGCAUAUCAGAGUCACUACAUUAGUAAUGACCCAACGCUUCUCUAGCGCCUCUCCCCACGGAUACCCCCAGCAUGCCAUGCAGCCACCUCUGGGGUAGGGCGUGGGGCUGUUUAUACAGGGAUCCAUCGGCUGGUGCUGAGAUGCAGCCACCUCUGGGGGGGAGGUAGGAUAUAGAAAUACAGUCGCCCGGCAACGCUGCCCAGCAAUUUGGGACAGGAAGUGAAAACAAGUCAAGUUUCUGUGUGAAGCUGUGUGGGGAGAAGCCCUGAAUUCAACCUGGGAGAAAAGCAGCAUAUGCCAGCUGGGCCCUUCUGCUCCCCCCUCCCCAUCUGGGCCCUGCUGCUCCCCCGCAAAAGCCCAGCUGGGCCCUGCUGCUCCCUCCCCCCACAACCCCAGCUGGGCCCUGCUACUCCCCCACACACAACCCCAGCUGGGCUCUGCUGUUCCCCCCAACCCCACAACCCCAGCUGGGCUCUGCUGUUCCCCCCCAACCCCAGCUGGGCCCUGCUGCUGCCCCCAGCGCACAACCCCAGCGGCGCUCUGCAGCUCCCCUGCCGCUCCCCCCACCCCCAGCUGGGCCAUGCUGCUCCCCCUGCCCAGAAAGGAACAACCCCCAGACAGUUCGGCCAAUGGGCCCCAAAUGGACACUUUCGUGAUGGCACCGUGGGCCUGGUCCCGCUUGCCAGUCUGGCUGCACUCUGCAGAAUACCCACAGUGGCUAGGGCGGGGCUGGCCCUGGGUCCCGCUACCCACACCCCAGCCUCGCAUGGCCCACGCUGCGUGCUGGGCCAUGACCGGGCAGGGAUUAGGAGAUUUAACAUUCCAUAUUUAGCUGCAGGAUGAGGAAUUAUGGUGCCAGGGAGGACAGAGCCGCCACAGCCCCCACAGUGCAUGUGUCCCUGGGGCUGCCAGGGGGCGAGCCGGCCGCACAGCACCAUGGGGGCGCCAGGAAGGCUCCGGGGAGUCGGCAGGGGCAGGGUGCAGCCUCUGCGGCUGAGCCACUGAAACCUGCCGGAGAUCAGAGGGCUGGUGCCAAGUGGUGACCGGGCGAUUCCCCAGGGCACUUGGUCGGGGGCACCAGGCUUGGGAAUAGGGUGAGUACCCUGGGCACAGGAUGGCGACCUUUGUGCGACUGCUGGUGUCACAGGCAGAGCGGAUGGUCUCGCGUCUCUUCAAGGUGGAGCGUGGCGAGGGGCCCGGCUCCUUCCUGGAGGCGCCGCGGACGGAGAAGCUGCUGGAGCAGGGCGAGGGGGGCGGGCUGCGCUACGGGCUGGGCGCCAUGCAGGGCUGGCGGGCCCACAUGGAGGACGCGCACACGGCUCAACCCCAGCUGCCAGGCAGCCUGGCCACCUGGGCCUUCUUUGCCGUGUACGACGGGCACGCGGGAAGCACGGUGGCGCAGUUCUGCGCCCACCACCUGCUGGGGGAGCUGGUGGUGGGCGAGGCCUUCACGGGGGGCGUGGAGUCGCCAGAGGCGGUGAAGGGGGCGGUGCGGGAGGGCUUCCUGCACAUCGACAGCCGCAUGCAGGCUCUGGCGCGUGCCGAGGGCUGGGAGCACGCCGGCUCCACCGCCGUGGCCGUGCUGGUCUCACCGCGCCACCUCUACUUCAUCAACCUGGGCGACUCGCGGGCCCUGCUGUGCCGGGCCGGCCGCCUCACCUUCUACACGGAGGACCACAAGCCCAGCCGGCCGCGGGAGCGGGAGCGCAUCGAGAACGCCGGCGGCACCGUCCUGCUGCAGCGCGUCAACGGCUCCCUGGCCGUCUCCCGCGCCCUGGGCGACUUUGACUACAAGGCUGUGGCCUGGCGGGGCCAGACGGAGCAGCUGGUGUCCCCCGAGCCCGAGGUGUACGAGCUGGCGCGCUGCCCGGGCGAGGACGAGUUCCUGGUGCUGGCCUGCGACGGCGUCUGGGACGCCUUCGACACCGAGGGGCUCUGCGCCUUCGUCCGCUCCCGCCUGCAGCUCGGCAGGGACCCGCAGGCCGUGUGCGAGGAGGUCCUGGAGGCCGGGCUCUACAAGGGAAGCCGCGACAACAUGACCUGCAUGGUGGUGUGCUUCCGGGGGGCCCCCGGCACUUCCCAGGCCGCCCUGCAGAAGGAGCGGGAGCUGGACGCCCACCUGGAGAGCCGGGUGGCAGAGCUGUAUGGGGAGCUGCAGGAGCAGGGGGCUGCCAGCCUCGUGGCCAUCUUCCGGUGCCUGGCGUCCGAGGUGAACCCCAGCCUGCCCCCCGGCGGGGGUCUUGCCAGCAAAAGAGCCGUGAUCAUGGAGGCCUACGAGCGCCUGCGUCGGAGCUAUGAGGCCCAGCUGCCAGGACGCUGUGAGAGUGGUGUCCCCUGCUGAGCAGACCUCCUGGGGCAGAGGAUGGGAAGAGGAUACUGGACCACCCCUUUCCCUGACAGCUCCACGUGCCCCCCCGCCCGAUGGCUCUGACAGGCCCCCUGACCUUCCCCAGCCCCGACGGCUCUGCCAGGCCCAGGGCUCCCUGCCUGGCUCUGCUCUGGCGCCAGAGGAAAAGCCGCAGCACAAGGGGACGGAUGCUGCCGGGGCCUGCGUGGGUCCCCCCAUCACCGCACGGGAGUGCGUGGCACAGGGAGAGGGCGUUGGAGGUUAGGGGGCAGCCCGGGGCUCAAAGGCAGGGGCAGGACUGAGAGCAAAGGACUCCUCCCCCCCAGCAAAGACUGGUGCUCGUUGACAGGCGCUCGGAUCCUGCCGCAGCCUCCCUCCAGGGCAGCUAGAGGCCUCUCCCCGUCUGGUGCCCCCAAAGGGGCCGCUCACAGGUGGAGCAACAGACACGUCACCUGCUGGCUUCCGCCGUCCCGUCGCUGUUUGCAGUGACCCCAGUGUCCCCCUGUCCCGAAUCCCCCCAGACCAGCUCCUGGCCAUGCCCAGCCCUCACCCGGACGCUCCCGGGAGUGAAUCAGGUCGCUGCACCUAGAGCUCAUCGCUGUAAUGGGGGCUUGACACACGCUCUGAGCUCAAGCCCAGCCCAGCCCUGGUGUGCAGGGAAAGCCCAACAGAAAGUCCCGGCCCCCCGGGAUCCCCAGCCCGAGGAGCGAAGCGUGAACCCGUUUCUCCCCCGUACUCGGCUCCUCGAGACUCCAGCCCCCUUUGGCUGAGGGGCCCCAAAGUUCUGUGGUUUCAGGGACUCUGGUCCCUCGAAUCCCCACUCCAUGAUGGACGGCUCCAGCGGUUUUGUGCCCCCCACCUGGCACCCCAGAGUGGAUUGUCUCUGUUUGGAGAGCCCAGGAGGCCUCCUCUUCCUGGCUGUGGCCUUCCCAUCCCAUGCUGAAUCAUAUGGAGACGGGGGCUUCCUUUGAUCCCAUGCUGCUCAGUCUCACUGGGGACAGGUCGCCAGCCACACCCAUCCCUCCUGCCUGGUCCUCCCUGGGCUCGGCCACAGCCGUCCAAGCAGAGUGUCGGUGAGUGUCCAUAGCUCCCCGUGCAGCGGGAAUACAGCCCUGGCACAGGGAUAUUCCUCACCAGCUGCCCCGGCUUUUGGAACCGACUGCACUCGCUGCGAUUGACAGCCCAGUAACACCGCCCCCCAGCCAGGAUCGCCCCCAGCUCGACAGCCCGGUAACGCCGCCCCCAGCCAGGAUCGCCCCCAGCUUGACAGCCCGGUAACGCCGCCCCUCAGCCAGGAUCGCCCCCAGCUCGACAGCCUGGUAACGCCGCCCCCAGCCAAGAUUGCCCCCAGCUUGACGGCCCGGUAACACCACCCCCGCCCCAGCCAGGAUCGCCCCCAGCUUGACGGCCCGGUAACACCGCCCCCAGGUUUAUAGCCCAGUAACUCUGCACGCAGCCAGCUGCUGCAACGGCUGGUGGCUCAAGGGUCAGUCCCUGGCUUUAUAGCCCAGUGACCCUUUGCAGUGGAUUCUUUGGAAAGGAAAAUGCAGAUCAAGCUGUUCUCUCUGGCUGGGUCGAUGUCCAGCUGGCUCCUCCCCGGCUCGAGAGCUCUGGUUACCUGCUGUGUAAAUGGUCCUCCUGAGGGCCUUCUGCAUCACAAAAAUAAAA